AUGUGCCUAAAAAGAUGUCAUGAUAACAAUCUUUGUCUCAACGUGGAAUACAACAAGAAACAACUUCGAUGUAAGCUGCUGAAAGAUCAUGACGAUGGUAAAGAGACUUUACUUACCCAGCUAAGGAAUGUGACAAAAUGUCAAAAAAGACUCCAGUUGAGUGUUUGUGAAGAAAACGUUGAACGUGUUCAUUUUUCCUCUGGAGAGUAUAAAUGUAUAUCAAAAGAGCAAUAUAGAAAUGUAGCCCUAGGAAAACCAGCGAAUUUAUCAUCAGUGUGGGAUAUCUAUUCGGAGGCUUUUUACGCUGUCGAUGGGCGUGGAGUUGUCCCGGGAGUAGGACACUGGUACUGUGCGCAUUCUGAUGGAAUUGAGCCACAUCCCUACCUCAGGAUUGAUCUACAGAACCUGUUCUAUAUUGAUCAUAUACUUCUUUUAACACGGGGAGAUUAUUAUGCGGAAUAUUUGCAUGACGUGGAAGUCCGUGUGGGUCACAUGACUACAUGGGAGAACAUGGACACCUGUGGUAUGUUUAACAAGACAGCAGAACUUGGUCAGACGUAUAAGAUCAAGUGUACCUCCUGCCUUGUCGGCAAAUUUGUAACAGUAAGGAUUCUCGGGGAUAAGAUGAUGCAUGGUGACGGUGGAAAUCAACUUAGUUUAUGUGAGGUUACAGUUUGGGGAAAAAGAUAUUAUAAUUAAAAUAAAACGAUAUCCUGUGAAUCACUUUGAUUGCAUUUUUUUUAGUGAUAACAUAAAGUUUGUUGUACAACAAUAAGACGGGGUUUGGCGUUUAUUUGCA